UCUCAUCGAUCAUCGUUCACUUCAAUAUUCCCACCAAUUCGUUAUGGGCAUUUGAUUGACGAUUCGGGUUUUAUCAUCACUUCAUUUUGUUUAUUCUCGCCCAUUCACUCUCCUAUUUUGGACUCGGAGACAAUUUCUCCGGCAAAGAUGGUCAAAACACCUGCUUCUCCUUCCUCCUCUCCGGUGACCAUAACUGUGUCAUCGGCGGGUAAAGGAAGUGGAAGUAGAAGUAUGGGUCUAACCAGUCCUGUUCCACGUGCUUCAGUGUCGAACAAUCCAAAUUCCCCUCUUAGUGGCAGAGGAAACAGAGCUUCCCUUGGCGGAAGGCGAGCAUCAGGCGGCGGUAAUUGCUGCUCAAUGUCGAAAGACGAUGCGAUGGAAGAACUCAGUUCUGAAUAUGUGACAUACACUGUUCAUAUACCUCCCACCCCUGAGCGCCAGACCUUGUCAUCCUCACAGACUAGCCUAACCGAGGACGCCAAGAUUUUGGGAAAGCCUGAUAGAAGUUACAUUUCAGGUACACUCUUUACAGGAGGAUUCAAUUCGGUGACCCGAGGGCAUGUGAUUGAAUGCUCCGUGGAAGGAGAGGAGCCUGUGAAAUCUGGGCCAGUUUGUGGAAUGAAAGGUUGCGAUGAGGAAGCAAUGAAUGGCAAGUCCGGUGGUCCUUGCGAGUGUGGGUUUAAGAUUUGCAGAGAUUGUUAUUUGGAGUGCGCUGGAAAUGGAGGAGGUCGAUGUCCUGGUUGCAAAGAACCUUUUAAGUAUAUAAGUGACGAUGAAGAGGAGCAGAUAUCUGAAGAAGAAGACCAGGCUCUGCCAUUACCUUCUAUGGCAGAAUUCAAGUUGGAUAAGAGGCUUUCGGUUGUGAAAUCGUUUAAAGCGCAAAACCAUCCCCCUGACUUUGAUCACACUCGUUGGCUCUUUGAAACAAAAGGAACAUAUGGGUAUGGCAAUGCUGUGUGGCCCAAAGACGGGUAUGGCGCCGGAUCAGGUGCUAACGGAUUUGAGAACCCACCAGAUUUCACAGAGAAAACCAGGAAACCUUUAACAAGGAAGGUCGGAGUUUCAGCUGCGAUUCUUAGUCCAUACAGAUUACUUAUUCUGAUGCGUCUUGCUGCACUCGGUUUAUUUCUUACUUGGAGGAUUCGCCAUCCUAACCGCGAAGCAAUGUGGCUGUGGGGAAUGUCCAUUACUUGUGAGCUCUGGUUUGCAUUUUCAUGGCUACUUGACCAGCUCCCUAAACUCUGCCCUGUGAGCAGAGUUACUGAUCUCUCUGUACUGAAGGAGAGAUUUGAGUCCCCAAACCUCCGUAACCCUAAAGGGAGAUCUGAUCUUCCAGGGAUCGAUGUUUUUGUUUCUACAGCAGACCCAGAAAAGGAGCCUCCUCUUGUCACGUCAAAUACCAUUCUUUCAAUCCUAGCUGUUGAUUAUCCAGUGGAGAAGGUUGCAUGUUACUUGUCUGAUGACGGUGGAUCUUUAUUGACCUUUGAAGCUCUAGCUGAGACUGCCAGCUUUGCAAGAAUAUGGGUUCCUUUUUGUCGAAAGCACCAGAUAGAACCCCGAAAUCCUGAAGCAUAUUUCGGGCAGAAGGGUGAUUUUCUGAAGAACAAGGUACGGCUAGACUUUGUAAGGGAGAGGCGAAAGGUGAAGAGAGAAUAUGAUGAAUUUAAAGUGAGAAUAAAUUCUCUGCCAGAAUCAAUAAGGAGAAGAUCCGAUGCUUACAAUGCUCACGAGGAGCUGCGAGCAAAAAAGAAACAGAUGGAAUUGGGUACCAAUGUUUCCGAACCCAUUAAGGUUCCCAAGGCAACAUGGAUGUCCGAUGGUUCUCAUUGGCCAGGAACUUGGGCAUCAGCAGAACCGGAUCACUCAAGGGGGGACCAUGCCGGUAUAAUUCAGGCUAUGUUAGCUCCGCCAAAUGCAGAACCGGAAUAUGGUGCAGAAGCAGAUGGACAGAACUUGAUCGAUACAACAGCGAUUGAUAUUAGGUUGCCGAUGCUCGUCUAUGUAUCUCGUGAAAAGAGGCCAGGAUAUGAUCACAACAAGAAAGCUGGGGCCAUGAAUGCUCUAGUACGCACUAGUGCUAUAAUGUCGAACGGACCAUUUAUUCUGAAUCUUGACUGUGAUCAUUACAUACACAACUCAUUAGCUCUUAGAGAAGGCAUGUGCUUUAUGCUUGACAGGGGUGGUGAUAGGAUAUGCUACGUUCAAUUCCCACAGAGGUUUGAGGGUAUUGACCCCAGUGACCGAUAUGCAAACCACAAUACUGUGUUCUUUGAUGUGAGUAUGAGAGCUCUCGAUGGCUUACAAGGUCCAAUGUACGUGGGUACAGGCUGCAUUUUCAGGAGAACAGCUAUUUAUGGGUUUAGCCCUCCUAGAGCCACAGAACAUCACGGAUGGCUUGGGAGGAAGAAAAUUAAAUUGUUUCUGAGAAAGCCCAAGAGGUCAAAGAAGGAAGAAGAUGAAAUAGCUCUCCCGAUCAAUGGUGAUCCUAAUGAUGACGACGCGGAUAUUGAGUCUUUGCUUCUUCCCAAAAGGUUUGGAAACUCUACUACCCUCGCUGCAUCGAUCCCUGUGGCAGAAUACCAGGGCAGGUUGCUUCAAGAUGUGCAAGGACGAGGAACACAGGGAAGGCCAGCAGGUUCUCUUGCAGUGCCACGAGAACCAUUAGAUGCUGCAACUGUUGCAGAGGCAAUAAGUGUGGUAUCCUGUUUCUAUGAGGACAAAACUGAGUGGGGCAAGCGAGUAGGAUGGAUAUACGGCUCUGUAACAGAGGACGUGGUGACUGGUUACCGUAUGCACAACAGAGGGUGGAGAUCUGUGUACUGUGUGACGAAAAGGGAUGCUUUUCGCGGAACAGCGCCAAUCAAUCUGACAGACAGGCUCCACCAAGUGCUCCGAUGGGCCACAGGGUCCGUUGAGAUCUUCUUCUCAAGGAAUAACGCCUUAUUUGCAAGUCCUAGAAUGAAGUUUUUGCAGAGGGUGGCAUACUUCAAUGUGGGAAUGUAUCCUUUCACCUCGAUGUUUCUGCUAGCCUAUUGCUUUCUUCCUGCGGUCUCUCUCUUUUCGGGGCAGUUUAUAGUGCAAUCCCUCAGCGUAACCUUUUUGGUGUUCUUAUUGGCCAUCACACUGACACUGUGCUUGCUUGCACUUCUGGAGAUCAAAUGGUCAGGAAUCACUUUACAUGACUGGUGGCGGAACGAACAAUUCUGGUUAAUUGGAGGGACAAGUGCCCAUCCUGCUGCUGUGUUACAGGGCUUAUUGAAGGUGAUAGCAGGAGUAGACAUAUCAUUCACUCUGACCUCAAAGUCUGCCACUCCAGAAGAUGGAGAUGAUGAGUUUGCAGAUCUCUAUGUGGUGAAAUGGAGCUUUCUAAUGGUCCCUCCAAUUACAAUCAUGAUGGUGAACAUGAUUGCUAUCGCUGUUGGUGUAGCCAGGACAAUGUACAGCCAGUUCCCACAAUGGAGCAGACUGGUGGGAGGCGUCUUCUUUAGUUUCUGGGUCUUGUGCCAUCUCUAUCCGUUUGCAAAGGGGUUGAUGGGGAAGAGAGGGAAGGUUCCGACCAUUGUUUAUGUCUGGUCUGGAUUGCUUUCAAUUAUCAUCUCCUUGCUUUGGGUGUACAUAAACCCCCCUGCUGGAGCACAAGACUACACGAAAUUCCAGUUCCCUUAGAUUGGAGGAAGACGGAGUUCCUCUAUACUUGUGCCAAUGUGCGCCAUUCUUUAUCAACUUACGUAGAUGAGAGUUAUGCUGUAUUAAUUCCGUGGUGUGAUUAUCUUGCCUUGUGCAAUUACAGUUGAUGAUGUGUGUAGGACCACUGUCUACAGUAGACCGCUGUCUAUAUCGAUAUCGAAGAAAAGUCAUAUAUUUUCUUCUUUCGU